AUGGCGCCUGGCGACGAGAAAGGCGGCGCCGCCGAGGACGGGGGGGUUGAUUUCGACAUGGCCAAGAUCAUGGCCAUCCAGCUCAAGGAAAUGACGCAAAGUCAUGGUCCCCUGGAUCCCACGGUGAAAGAGCUCUUCAGCAGUUGUCAGACAGAGCAACAGCGGCUUGCAGCCGUGGCGACGGAGGCCGUCGACCGGAAUGACAUGAAGCGCUACGACCAAAUUUCUGAUGUGCUGGAAAUGCUGGCUGAAAGCAUCUCGAUCUACGAGGCGCUUCGGGCGUCGGAGACUACAACUUCGUUCGCUCCUCAACGCGACAGUCACUCUGCCUCCCACAAGAAAGAGGCGUCUUCGCGUCGCCGAAAAGGUAGCAAGACUCCAGGAGAGGAGGCGCGCGUCUCCGUCCCGACCGCGCCUCGCGAGAAGCGCGAGAAGAGCCAAAGGCGCCAUGAAGAGCGCAGAGUCGGCGAGGAAAGCAGGCGAGAGCAUCGAGACGGGAAACGCCGAGAGUCCGGGACUGGCGUGGGGAGCAAGCACAAGCGCAAACCGCGGGACGGGGGCCAGGAAGAGCGCGGAGAGACGCAGAGACCUCUGACGCAAAGAGGCGAGGAGAGAAGACGAAAGGAGGUGGGGCGAGACAGUGAGAAAGGCCGAGACGAGACGUGGGCCGCGUGGCCCGAAACAGAUGUCUUCGCAGUCGACCCUUUCUUUCCCGGGGAGAAAGAUCUCGACUGGGGACGUGCGAUGGAGAACCCACGCAACGCUCACGGAGAACAGCCCACGAGGCGAGAGAGCGAACGCGAGCCAGAAGCGUGGCCCCACAGUUCGGCGCCGCCAACGUCCAGCAGAGACAGAGCGACUCGCCGCCCCACAGGCUGGUGUGGCCCGCCGCCGUCGACCUCUCUGUGGAGCGAGGAAGGCUCGGCCGCCUCGGACACGCCGGAGACGCCUCGCGAGGAAGAAAAGAGACGGACCCGAGACACAGGAAGGACCACAGAGAUGGCCAUGGAAAGGAACUUGAAGAGCGAGGACGCGGGCCGCGUGUGGCGAGCGCCUGGGAGCGACGGCAGUCUGGCCUGUCGAGACCGUUUUCGGUCCCCAAGAGGACGGGAAUCCGAGCCUGGACGGCGUCGCCGCGGUUCUCACGACAGCAGGCCGCGACCCCCGUCAGUUUCUUCCCUGUCGGCCUCCUCGCGCAGCGACCGAGAAGACAGUCUCGCGGGCGUGUUUUCCGCGCCGGACGCAACUUCUUCCUGGGCAGUGCAUCUCGUCGUCCACCGAGCGCUCUUCCUGCCGAUUGCGGCUUCGGGGACCUACGCGGUCGUCGCAAGCCUCCUCUCAGGGAGGGACAGCCCUCCGUCGGCGUCCGAGAGCGACGGAGUCUCCGAGGGGAGGAAGGCGAAGUCCAAGAGGCGGCUGCGAGCUGCCGCGCGCGUGGCCGCUCGCGCCGUCUCUUCUGCGCGAUCGAGCAACAGUAGCGGGGAGUGUGUCUGGGAGGAGACUCUCGUGCUGCCGCUGUGUCUUUCGGCUCGGAGCAGCCGCGCAGAAAAGCUUCGGGAGUUGCGCCUUUCUGCGGUGCGCCUCGAAAUCGCCGACGCGCAGAGCAAAGGCCGACCCCUCGCGACAGCUAACCAGCCUGUCUCGCUCGCGCCACUCGCGGCCGAGGCCCAAUGGAACGGCUCCGUCGCGCUGCAUUCGAGCCGAGGCGGCAACGGCAGUUUGUCUUUCUCUCUCUUCCUCGACAAGCGGCGGGAGAAAAGUGCUUCGUUCGGAGCAGGCGCCGCCAGAGCGGAGGCGCGGCGGCAGAGACGCGACAAGGGGAGAGAGAGAGCGCGCGCGACGAGCGACGAGGAGAGCCCGUUCUUCGAGGCCCCGGUCGGAGACACCGGCGGCCAGGCGGAUCGGAGAGACUCCUGGGGACGCGAGCGAGAUGGCGAACAGAGUUUGGGCGGUCGCGCAGAGAACAGGGCGGGGACGCCCGCCGGCGCGUGGGGCGAAGGUGUCUCCUCAGGACUCAACAAUGGAGUCUUUGGAGAGAGCAGACCUGGCGGCUACGGCGUGCCUAGCGGCAACCCGUUCACGUCCUCGGUCUGGGCGCAGGCGCCCGCUGAGCCGCAUGCACUCCAGAGCCAGAACGAGCGACUCGUGCAGCAGAUCCAGCAGCUCCAGCAGUUGUUGUUGGCUAGCCAGCAGCGCGAGCACAGUCUGCAGGCGCAGCUGCAGGCGUCGCAGGUGUACACGCAGCAAGUGUUGCAGGUGUUGAGUGCAGCGCAGGCGGGGCUGAAGCAGCGAGAAGGUGAGGGCGAGAAGUUUCGGGAGUCCGCGCAGGCCCUCGAGACGGCGCAGCGGGAACUGUGCACAGUCCGGGACGAGCUCCGCGAGCGCGUCGACGAGGUGCGGGACGAGGCGAACGCGAAGGCGCGCAUGAAGAAGACGCUCGAGAGUCAGAACGUCGAGUUGGAGAAGCUGCGCACGAAGCUUGCGGAGCAAGCAGACCUGCUGCGCGACGCCCGCGAACGCCUUGCCAUCCAGCGCCGCAGGUGUGCGCGGCUGCGCGACGACCUCGUCGAGGCGGACGAGUUGACGGAGCUCGUGAAGGGACAGUUGUCUCUGUCCCAGUCGCAAGAGAAAGAGCAACAGAGACAGAUCCUCGCUCUCGCCUACUGCCUGGGGGUCGCUUCCGGUCCAGAGCGCGGCUCCGACGGCGCGCUCGGCUCCAGAGACGACGAAGCCUGGUGGCUUCAGAGAAAGGAGACUCCGCCUCCGAGCAGCCUCGCGCUACCGCGCCUUCUCGCCCUCCCUGACGCGCCCCACGCCUCGCUGGGCAGUCAGCAACCGAGCCGGCGGCGCGUAGACCGCGAGAGACGAAGCAGAGGAGACCCCGGUCGGAGCAGCGGCUCCAGAUUCUUGAUCCGAGAGUGCAGCGAGCUCACGGACGCUCGCUCAAAUGGCGUGCACCGGGGCGUGUCUCGGCCCCACAAACUGGCUGCAGGGUGCCUUCGGGGCGAGCAGCUGCCGAGGCUAGAGACGCCCGAAGGCCGUCGUGGAAGGUUCAGUCCCGGCGCCGAGGGCGGCGAGAGAAGGACUGAGAGCGAAGGCGAGUCCUCGCGGAGAAGAAGCGUCUCUGGCGGAGACAGCGACGAGACAGAUGGAGACAGGGAAGAUCACCUGGAGUCGACGACAAUCGAAGACUGGCGCCUGACCCCGACAGUUCUUAUCUCUCUGCAGCGGGCGAGUCAGCGCGCGGCGCAUCUGUUUGCGUCGCACGCCCGGAACCAGUUCCCUCUGGCCUCGCCGCCGGCCUUCCUGUCUCUCCCGCUCCAGUCGUCGCCGUGUUCUCUCCUGCAGCACCAGUUGCUCACAACCCUGUUUCAGCAGGCGGUGCUGGAGCAGAAGAAGGGUACCGGAGACGAUUUUCUGCUUUACGAAACGGACGCAAUUCAGGUCUUCUGGGCCUCGCGUUUCCUGCCUCCCUGUCGCUCGUCGUGUUCGCCACGCCCUUCGUCCCUCUUCGCUUCGUCUCUCUGUGCGGCCUCGGCCGCUCUCGCCCAACUAGCCAGCCGGGCCUUCGCGACGCACAGUCUCCCCGACGACUCGCCGGGCGCAGCCCUGGCCGCUGCAGCGCGAGCCUGGGCGAAGGAUAGGGCAGACGCAGAUCAGAGAGAAAGAGAGAGACGGCUCGACCUACCCAGUGAUGGCGCCGUAGCAGAGAGAGACACGGGGUUCGAGGCGGGUUGUGGGGUCGCCUGCGGGUGUCUCUUCGCGUUGAGCCUGCGGGCCUCCGCCGGCCAGGCUCUGCAAAUCGUGGAGCUUCGCCUCGAGAGAGAAGUCUUUGGGAGCCAAGGCGCCUUUGUCAGCCUCGAGGGCGGCAUUGAACAGGCAACCCUUUUGCCUCGCGCGUCUCCCUUGACCCUCUUUGGGUCUGCGUUGGUGGCUGGGCCGUACCGUCAAGCUCCCAUUGUUCGUUUGUCCUAUCUGCUUCCCGACUCGGUGCGCCGAGAGAUCCGGCUGCGCCUGCCGCUGCCGCCUGCGGCCUUCUGCUUUCCCUACCGCAUGCGCCCGCAUGCGUUUGUGCGAGCCUGGGAAGCCCUCCACCAGUCCAGCACGAGUCUGAUAUGCGACAAGCUGAAGCCGGCGUUCUUUUCGCCGGCGGGGCGGACCGGCCUCGGGUCUCCGUACACCUCGUUGGUGCAUGCAUGCACUCUGAGCAAUUCGUUUGCUUCCCUUCCUGGCCUGGACCGGCGUACCAGCAGGAACGUCGUUGCGGCGGGGUACUUCCCUGUCUCGGCACGCUCCGAGCAGAGGCUCGCCAGUUCCUUGCUGGGCGACAAUCGAAUUGGGGGAAAUCCCGCGAGAAAGAGCCUGCACGCGCCCUGGGACUCCGCGACCGACCGGUCCUCGGACGAGCUCGCAGACCUCUCAGACCAGGCCUCAGACGAUACGGCUCUCUCUUUCUCGUCUCCUUCGUUCCGCCCACGCAAGGCGAGUGCGUCGGCUUUCGCAACGCAGGCGCCGCAUGCGCCCCGGUGGCCGCAUGCAAGGGAAGAGGCCCCGCUGUCAAGCGCCUUUCUUCCCUGUCUCCUACGCGUCGAGCUCCUGAGCCUCUCGGCUGCCCUCUCGGCCGGCGUGCUGCCUGCACUGCCUUCCGCGUCGGGCCCAACUAGCCGAAUCCGGACGAGCCCGCGAGCCGGGACGCCCACGAGCUUGGCGCGCUGGACCGCGCAGCCUGUCUCCAGCGCCGCGACUGCAUGCGCCCGCAUCGAGGUCAGGUGUCCAGAUGAAGAAAUCCGACAGAGCGUCGUGGAAACUCUCGCGGAACUCCUCAUGGAUGAGGAGCUGCUCGUCACCCUGUCUCCCGUCGCGUCGGCGCAAGGGCCUCUGUCCUCGUGA